AGAGCUCGCCCUACUCUGCGGACGCCGCCACCUUUGACGCGGCGCUCUCCCCCUUUUGCCGGCGUGCGGGGGCCGCGCCUGGCGGUGGAGCUGCCCUGGGUGGGCGGCUGGGACCUGGGCUCUCUGGCUGAGCGCUCUCUCGGCGCAGCCAAGGCUCCCGCGUGCGCGGCGCCGCGACAGGUGCAGAGUCCCAGCUGAGGACCCACCUGCGGCCACCGCUGCUGCAAUGCCCACCAUGCGGAGGACCGUGUCGGAGAUCCGCUCCCGAGCGGAGGGUUAUGAGAAGACGGAUGAUGUCUCGGAGAAGACUUCCCUGGCCGACCAGGAGGAAGUGAGGACUAUAUUCAUCAACCAACCCCAGCUGACAAAGUUCUGCAAUAAUCACGUCAGCACUGCAAAAUACAACAUUAUCACAUUUCUGCCACGGUUUCUCUACUCUCAGUUCAGAAGAGCCGCUAAUUCAUUUUUUCUCUUUAUUGCACUGCUUCAGCAAAUACCUGAUGUGUCACCUACAGGUCGUUACACAACACUGGUUCCACUCUUAUUUAUUUUAGCAGUGGCAGCUGUUAAAGAGAUAAUAGAAGAUAUUAAACGACAUAAAGCUGAUAAUGCAGUAAACAAGAAACAGACACAAGUCUUAAGAAAUGGUGCUUGGGAAAUUGUUCACUGGGAAAAGGUGGCAGUAGGGGAAAUAGUGAAAGUGACCAAUGGGGAGCAUCUCCCAGCUGAUCUCAUCAGCCUGUCCUCCAGUGAACCCCAGGCCAUGUGUUACAUUGAAACAUCUAACCUAGACGGUGAAACAAACCUGAAAAUUAGACAGGGCUUACCAGCAACGUCAGAUAUAAAAGAUAUUGACAGCUUGAUGAGACUUUCUGGAAGAAUUGAGUGUGAAAGUCCAAAUAGGCAUCUCUAUGAUUUUGUUGGAAACAUAAGGCUGGAUGGACAUGGCACUGUGCCCCUGGGAGCAGAUCAGAUUCUUCUGCGAGGAGCUCAGCUGAGAAAUACACAGUGGGUUCAUGGCAUAGUUGUCUACACUGGACAUGACACCAAGCUGAUGCAGAAUUCAACAAGCCCACCACUUAAGCUCUCAAAUGUGGAACGGAUUACAAAUGUACAAAUUUUGAUUUUGUUUUGUAUCUUAAUUGCCAUGUCUCUUAUCUGUUCCGUGGGCUCAGCCAUUUGGAAUCGAAGACAUUCUGGAAGGGAUUGGUAUCUGAAUCUAAACUAUGGUGGCGCUAACAAUUUUGGAUUGAAUUUCUUGACCUUUAUCAUCCUCUUCAACAAUCUCAUUCCUAUCAGCUUGUUGGUUACAUUAGAAGUGGUGAAAUUUACCCAGGCCUACUUCAUAAAUUGGGACCUUGAUAUGCACUAUGAACCCACAGACACUGCUGCUAUGGCACGCACAUCUAAUCUGAAUGAGGAACUUGGCCAGGUUAAAUACAUCUUUUCUGACAAAACUGGUACUCUGACCUGCAACGUGAUGCAGUUUAAGAAGUGCACCAUAGCAGGAAUUGCAUAUGGGCAGAACUCACAGACUGGGGAUGAAAGAACAUUCAGUGAUUCAUCAUUGCUGGAAAAUCUCCAGAAUAAUCAUCCAACUGCUCCUAUAAUCUGUGAGUUUCUCACGAUGAUGGCAGUCUGUCACACUGCAGUACCAGAGAGAGAAGGUGACAAGAUCAUCUACCAAGCUGCAUCUCCAGAUGAAGGAGCCUUGGUCAGAGCUGCCAAGCAAUUGAACUUUGUUUUCACUGGAAGAACACCAGACUCGGUGAUUAUAGAUUCUCUGGGACAGGAAGAAAGAUAUGAAUUGCUCAAUGUUCUGGAGUUCACCAGCGCAAGAAAAAGAAUGUCCGUGAUUGUUCGCACUCCAUCCGGAAAGUUACGACUUUACUGCAAAGGAGCUGACACUGUCAUAUAUGACCGACUGGCUGAGACGUCAAAAUACAAAGAAAUUACCCUGAAACACUUAGAGCAGUUUGCAACAGAAGGCCUGAGAACCUUGUGCUUUGCCGUGGCUGAGAUUUCAGAGAGCGACUUCCAGGAGUGGCGAGCUGUCUACCACCGGGCAUCCACAUCCGUGCAGAACAGACUGCUCAAACUCGAGGAGAGUUACGAGUUGAUUGAGAAGAAUCUUCAACUACUGGGAGCAACAGCCAUUGAGGACAAGUUACAAGAUCAAGUGCCUGAAACCAUUGAAACUCUAAUGAAAGCAGACAUCAAAAUCUGGAUCCUUACAGGGGAUAAGCAAGAAACUGCCAUUAAUAUUGGACACUCCUGCAAACUUUUGAAGAAGAACAUGGGAAUGAUUGUCAUAAAUGAAGGCUCUCUUGAUGGAACAAGGGAAACCUUGAGUCACCACUGCACUACGCUCGGUGAUGCUCUCCGGAAAGAGAAUGACUUUGCCCUUAUAAUUGAUGGGAAAACCCUCAAGUAUGCCUUAACCUUCGGAGUACGUCAGUAUUUCCUGGACUUGGCCUUGUCGUGCAAAGCUGUCAUUUGCUGCAGGGUCUCUCCCCUUCAAAAGUCCGAAGUUGUCGAGAUGGUUAAGAAACAAGUUAAAGUCAUCACACUUGCGAUCGGUGAUGGAGCGAAUGACGUCAGCAUGAUACAGACCGCGCAUGUUGGUGUGGGCAUAAGUGGCAAUGAAGGUCUCCAGGCAGCUAAUUCAUCUGACUACUCUAUAGCUCAGUUCAAGUAUUUGAAGAAUUUAUUGAUGGUCCAUGGUGCCUGGAACUAUAACAGAGUCUCCAAGUGCAUCUUAUACUGCUUCUACAAGAAUAUCGUCCUCUAUAUUAUUGAGAUCUGGUUCGCCUUUGUGAAUGGCUUUUCUGGACAGAUCCUCUUUGAAAGGUGGUGUAUAGGCCUUUAUAAUGUGAUGUUUACAGCAAUGCCUCCCUUAACUCUCGGAAUAUUUGAGAGGUCGUGCAGAAAAGAGAAUAUGUUGAAGUACCCUGAAUUAUAUAAAACAACCCAGAAUGCCCUGGACUUCAACACCAAGGUUUUCUGGGUUCAUUGUUUAAAUGGCCUCUUCCACUCAGUUAUUCUGUUUUGGUUUCCACUAAAAGCCCUUCAGUAUGGUAAUGUAUUUGGAAAUGGGAAAACCUCGGAUUAUCUGCUGCUGGGUAACUUUGUUUACACUUUUGUGGUGAUAACUGUGUGUUUGAAAGCUGGAUUGGAGACAUCAUAUUGGACCUGGUUCAGCCAUAUAGCCAUAUGGGGAAGCAUUGCACUCUGGGUGGUGUUUUUCGGAAUCUACUCAUCUCUAUGGCCUGCUAUUCCUAUGGCCCCUGAUAUGUCUGGAGAGGCAGCCAUGCUGUUUAGUUCUGGGGUUUUUUGGAUGGGGCUCUUAUCUAUCCCUGUGGCAUCUCUGCUUCUUGAUGUAGCGUACAAGGUUAUCAAAAGGACUGCUUUUAAGACAUUAGUAGAUGAAGUUCAGGAGCUGGAGGCUAAAUCCCAAGACCCAGGAGCAGUUGUGCUUGGAAAAAGCCUCACCGAGAGGGCGCAACUGCUCAAGAACGUCUUUAAGAAGAACCACGUGAACUUGUACCGCUCAGAAUCCGUCCAGCAAAACCUGCUCCAUGGGUAUGCUUUCUCUCAAGAUGAAAAUGGAAUCGUCUCACAGUCCGAAGUGAUUAGAGCGUAUGAUACCACCAAGCAGAGGCCGGAUGAGUGGUGA